AUGCCUCCCCCAGCUAUCUUGGUGUCAUUGCUCCUGACAAGUGUCCCCGCAGCAUCAGCGCGAAAUUUCCUCUUGUACAAUGCAACCCUCGACGAGGGACGGAUGGAAUGCGUUUACCCGAUCAGCGGGCAAUAUGCCCUUCUCCAGCGAGUCCUCUACUAUGCCCUCCUUCUCUUCUCCAUCAUCAGCCGCAAGACUCCGUGGUUGGUGGCCGGUGCGCUGGGUGCGGCCAUGACUUACGCCGGAUCGGCCGCUGUCCAUGCAGCCAUCCUGGCUGGCACAUCGCACAACUCUCUGCUUGAUCUGGAUUCCCUUGGGAUCUUUGCCAUCGUCACCGUGGGAAGCUUAGUCGUGACAGUAUUCUUCCACUGGUCCGAACUACUGCGCGAAUCCCCCGCUCGCCCAGUGUUCCAAUACUGGGGGUUACUGAUGGUGGUUGGAACAUUCUGUGCCGUCGUCGCGUUGUUCAGGGACUAUCCCAGCGAAGAGAGAUGUGAAUCUAUACCGAGUGAUUCGAGAAACACGACGGAACCUAUGCUGCUGACGAGCCCAGCACAACUAGGUCUGAUGCUAUUCAACUGCACGUACGCCUGCUUCAACUCACGACAAGCCUUUCGAGACCCGAGCGAGAUCCUUGUACUACCCGCCGGCAUAGUAUCGAGUCAGACAUUCAGACUAUUCGUAGAAAUGUGCCUCUCCAUAGUUCUGGGAGGCAUGGUGUCUGUCUACCGCUUUCUCGUGACCCCUCCCUACUAUACAAAGGAAGAGCUGGAGCGAAUGCUCCGCUCGGCAGACAAGACCCUCGAAAGGAGAGAUCUCCCACCGAAACAGCGCCGCAUGGCAAAAUCCAGGCGAUCGAUGGCCCUGGAGUUGUUGGCUCGGGGUCAAAAGCCCCGCCGCCGUGGGUUGAUCACUAAUCUGUUGUCAGUCGUCUGCGUGGUCGUCACCGUCUUGAAUGAGGUUUUCAUGCAUGUUGGCACGGAGAUACCUACCAGCCAACCGCCGUACGCCGUGGGACAAUGGGGGCCAUGGGUAGCCGUGAUCAUGGCACUGGCAGGAUCUGCCAUCAUGGAAUAUCACCGACCAGCGUGGGAGGAACGGCGGCGAAUAUUGAAAGAAGAGGGUGUACUGGCGCGGGAAGAUGAUACCCAGUCACUGUUCUCUUCAACAUGGAUGCAAUUAAGAAACCAGACCGGUAGUCAAUCGUCAGUCACCGAGGCGGACCAGGAGGCUGGGACGGUGCAGGGGCCGAAGGAAUCCUGGCGAAGGGGGUCGCAUAGUUAA